CCUCUCGCCCCGGCCGUUUAAAACCAUGGACAUGACGUCACCGGCAGCUAAUGUCACACUCGGAUUAAAGAUGGCGCCCUCUCAUGCACUGAAGUGCUGUAAACGGGUUCUGAACUGGAUACCUGUGCUGUUUAUAAACCUGGUCGUCGGCUGGUCUUAUUACGCGUAUGUCGUGGAGCUCUGUGUCUAUACAAUACCAAAUAAUGCAGAACGAAUCAGCUACUUGGUCAUCUUUCACAUUUUCUUCACCAUGUUUAUAUGGUCCUACUGGAAAACCAUCUGGUCCACACCAGCUGGCCCUUCGAAAGCUUUUGGACUUCCCCGAGCAGAGAAGGAACUGUAUGAACGAGAAGAGCGAGCUGAGACACAGCAGGAGAUUCUGAAGAAGGUGGCGAGGACUUUACCCGUAUACACACGCACGGCAGGAGGAGCCAUCAGAUACUGUGACCACUGCCAGAUAGUCAAACCUGACCGCUGCCAUCACUGCUCCACCUGUGAGAUGUGUGUGCUGAAAAUGGACCAUCACUGCCCCUGGGUGAAUAACUGUGUUGGAUUCUCAAACUACAAGUUCUUUGUCUUGUUCCUGGCCUACGCUUCACUCUACUGUGCGGUUAUUUGUGCUACAGUCAUCCAGUAUUUCCUCAAGUUCUGGACUAAACAGCUGCCUGACACGCACGCCAAAUUCCACAUCUUGUUUCUUUUCUUUGUUGCGGCCAUGUUCUUCAUCAGCAUACUGUCCCUUUUCAGUUACCAUCUGUGGCUUGUGGGAAAGAACAGGACCACAAUAGAGGCUUUCAGGGCUCCUGUCUUCACAAACGGGCCAGACAAAAACGGAUUUUCUCUUGGCUUUCGGAGAAAUGGAGCUGAGGUGUUUGGAGACCAAGCUAAGUACUGGAUUAUUCCAGUUUUCUCAAGUCUGGGCGAUGGACAUUCCUUUGUUACCAGAUUGGUACACAUAGAUCCUGAACAUGCUAACAGUGUCCUGCAGCAGAAUGGCAAAAGUCCUGUUGACGGGGAGGCCAAACCCACUGCACUUGGAAACAACAUACAACACACCAUGGAAGAAAGCAAAGACAACAUUAACGGAGGCCAGACAGUCUCUGUGACGAUGGAGAGUGACCCAUAGCAGGUCUCCUGCGUAUCAGAACUAUGUAGCCUUAAACCAGGAGCAUCAGCACCGCAACGGAGUGGCCCUCUACCCUCACUUUGAGUUUGACACUGCAGCGUCAAGCAACAUAGUUCUGUACAUACAUUAGAUGGACCAAUCUUCAUCAAGUGCGCUUUGGAUCAGCAUCACAAAACACAUCAAAGACUGUGCAGCAACCUCUUGGACUACACAAGUCUGAAGCUGAGGUGACUUGCAGGUUCACAGUCGCAGGUAUUGUCUUUGAUUAAAGCCAAAGACAUUCAAAUGAUGUUGCACUAUUGUUGCAUCUGAAAACUCAAAGACUGCGUUAUCUGCCUGGAACCAACAUACAGAUUCAUCAUCAGUGUCUGCCAAAAUUGUUAUCUUAAAUAUUUAAACCAGAAUAUCAUGAUUUAUCAGUAUUAAUCCAGCUUUAAUAACUAAGCCAAACAAUCUGGUAAUGUUUAGUAGAUAAAGCCAGAAUCUGUGAUAACACCCACUAAAUGUCAACACUAUCAAAUAUUAUCACUUUAAAAGUCAAGCACAGUGAAGUUAAAGAGCCCAUCAGUCAAUUAUCACUCUGUCUUAUUUAGUUCACAGUUUACAUGUUUAGAAAUAUUGAAGGUCUUUUUGUUUACACUUGUAAGAUAUUUAUUUUUUACAUUUCAAAUUUUAUACUGUGGUUGCACAUACAUCUUAGAAAUGCUUUAAAUGUAACGACCAAAUCCAGUUUAAUGACUGUUUAAUUCUAAUAUCAAAUACUGAUUUAAUUUAUUGAAUUAUUAAACCAAUAUGCUUUGUAUAAUGCAGCGUAACUAUCAGUGGAUUGCCAUUUGUCGAUGCUUUAUUUAUGUUUGUAAAUUUAUUAUUUUCAAGUGUUUUUUUAAAUUGUUGAUUUUACUGUAAUAGCUUGUUUUAUUUUAUUUUAAAUUAUUAUUAUUGUUUUUUUAAACGUAUAGAUGAUCAUGUUUGUCAAUAUCUCUCUUCAUAUGUUUUCACUUUCAUGAUCAAUCCUUUGCCGCUGUAUGUACUCGUUUGAAAAUUAAUCAAUCUGGAGUGUGAAUGCCAACGAUUAAUAUCUGUGUUCUUUUCAUCUUUUUUCCAGUUUGAUUAUAAGAUUUACAAGUUGGACUGGAAGGGUGAAAAUGAAAACUCAAUAAAACCAUCACAAGAAAUCAUUAAA